GGUUAUUUAUCUGGAUUCGAUCAAGAACCGGAUUUAUCACCAAUGGAUGGUUCGAUCUCGUUUGGUGGGUCUUCACAGUCAAAAGGGGAUUUUUCAUUUGAUCUGAAACUUGGAAGAAACAAUGGAAUCUCUUCCUCCUCUGUUUUUGGUGAUACAGAGCAAGUGAUAAGUCUUAGUAAGUGGAAAGAGAGUUCUUUGGCUAAACCAGAGAGUUCAAGAAGCUCGAGUUUGAAGAGAACAAGAGGGAAUGGUGUUGGAACCAACCAGAUGCCGAUUUGUCUUGUUGAUGGAUGUGAUUCUGAUUUUAGUAAUUGUAGAGAGUAUCAUAAGAGACAUAAGGUGUGUGAUGUUCAUUCAAAAACUCCUGUGGUUACUAUCAAUGGUCAUAAGCAGAGGUUUUGUCAACAAUGUAGCAGGUUUCAUGCUUUGGAAGAGUUUGAUGAAGGGAAGAGAAGUUGUAGAAAACGUCUUGAUGGACAUAAUCGAAGAAGGCGGAAGCCGCAGCCUGAACAUAUCGGUCGUCCUGCGAACUUUUUCACGGGGUUUCAAGGUAGCAAAUUGCUAGAGUUUUCGGGCGGUUCACAUGUGUUUCCAACUACAUCUGUGUUAAACCCGAGCUGGGGAAACAGUCUUGUAAGCGUUGCUGUAGCCGCCAAUGGUUCAAGUUACGGUCAGAACCAGAGCUAUGUUGGUUCUUCUCCUGCAAAGACAGGAAUAAUGUUCCCAAUCUCUUCUUCUCCAAACAGUAACAGAAGCAUAGGGAAACAAUUCCCUUUCUUGCAAGAAGAAGAAAGCUCAAGAACCGCAUCGUUGUGUGAGAGAAUGACGAGUUGCAUCCAUGACUCUGAUUGUGCUCUCUCUCUUCUGUCAUCCUCCUCGUCGUCAGUCCCUCAUUUGCUUCAGCCACCACUUUCUUUGUCCCAAGAAGCAGUUGAGACAGUUUUUUACGGGUCGGGAUUGUUUGAGAAUGCGAGUGCAGUCUCUGAUGGAUCGGUUAUAUCCGGUAAUGAGGCUGUCCCUCUUCCGCAAACGUUCCCGUUUCAUUGGGAGUAGUAGAAGAAGAAGAAGUAGGUAGAUAGAAUCAGAAAGAUCUAUUUGUGUCUCUUCUUUUCUCCCUCAUUUUCAAUGUUCUAAAUCAUCAUUGUUCUUGUUAAAUGUUGAAUUGUGGGUUUUUUUAUUGACAUUUGAUUAGUUGAUGUGUAGGUUGUGUUGGUCUUGUAGUACCCCAAUUAGCAGUAAGU